AUGGAAUGCGCAAAGUGUAAUGUUUUGAAGGCGGAGGAAGUACUUAAAUGUGCAAGUUGCCGAGUUUCGAUGCACUACUCUUGUGGUGGCUUAUCAGAGAAAGAUCUAAACAAAAUACUACCGAUGAAUAAACCAAAAUGGAAGUGUGUGCCAUGUAAAAGUGGCUCGAGCAAAUCCGCAUCUGGCAAAAGUCCCCCAAUGCCGCCUUUAUUAAUAGACAAUACACACCAACCGCGCUCAAUUGUAAAUAUAGAUGUUGACCAACUAAAGGCCCACUUUGAUCUCAGUUUUUCUACCAUAAAUGCCAAUAUUGAAUCCCUUAGAGCGGAUUUUACUGAACAACUUAAAAACCUGACGUCAACAGUGAGCUUGUGGGGAACGAAGAUCGUGGAAUUGGAGUCUGAAGUAGGUGCCUUAAAUAAAAAAGUUAUCAAGCUAGAAUCAGAUAUAGUCCAACUAUCAGAAAAUAAGGAGAAAAUUAGUGAAGAGUUAUUGUUCUUGAAGAGACAAGUCGAUGAUUCUGAACAGAAGUCACGCUUAUGUAACAUCGAAAUACAAAAUAUACCGGAGAGCAAAAACGAAAAUUUAUUACACAUUGUGGGGACAAUUGGCGUUUUGUUGGGAGUUCCAAUCACGGAAGACCGCGUUCGAGAUUGCCACCGUGUUGCUCACAAUAACAACUCGACUAAUCGUCCCAAAAAUAUUAUAGUACAACUAACGUCUAGGCGCCUUAAAAGCGAGGUCAUAGCGGCAGCAAGGAUUAGGAAAAACCUUACUCUUGAGAAACUACGUAAAGCAACUACGUCUUUGAAGCCAGGCGAACCCACUACUUAUGCCUCUGGAGGUGACUCAUCACAGCGAAUAUACGUUAACGAACACCUUACCCUCAAAAAUAAGAUUUUGUUCUCUAAAGUCAGAGAAGUGGCAGUCGCUAAAGACUACAAAUACGUGUGGAUAAAAAAUGCAACCAUACUGCUCCGCAAGAAUGAUCAAUCGAAGGUGAUUGCGAUUCGGCAAGGGGAUGAUUUAGAGAAGUUGUGA